UAAUAUCACGAGGGACCAGCACGAUCAUGCUAAGUCCACAUGUUCAAUACCUGCACGCAUGCAUGUCCAUGAUUAAACCAAGUCCCGUCCCUGAAGAUCAUCCCGACCCCUCCCUCGCUCUUCAUCAACCUGCCCACAGGCAAAACCCCCUCAAGCGAGUCGAAACACUUAUCUACCAACCAAUCUGCAGAAGAAAACAAAUCAUCAUGCAACGAAAAGGAAAACAUGCUGCAGCGUUUCUGCAUAUGCGCUUUCCAAUUCAGCCACCGUAUCGCAAGAAACAAAACCAAGCGCCAGAUUAUGCAGCAUCAGCAUCCCAUGCAGGCGAGAACCAACACGUGGAUCCGCUGCCCUUUCGCUGCCCGAUUCAUUCAUCUCCUGUUCGGUUAAUUAGGUACAAUCGUCUCUUGUGCACAUCUUUGUCUCUGCUGCUUCUGCACAUGUAGUAUUUUGGCUAUAUCGGUAUAUGCAUCUGCAACGACAAUUCUGCCUUUUGCUCGUACAUGACUCCCUUUUGCAUUUCAGGCGAAAGCAGGUGGGCGUUGUCGAUCUCGCGGAGUUCUCUGUUCUUUUUCCGGUUCUAGCUGGGUAUAUAUUGCCAGGUGGUUGCUCCCUCGCUCUUUCUUUCUCUCGGGGAUUUUUUGCUUCUUGAUAUAGGCAUGGUUUGAGAUAGGCGACUGACUU